GAUGUUCUUGCUAGCAUAUUCUUCGCAGUGUAGUUGUUGUUUAUUUUUAGCGAUGUGCUUCCAAUUGUAUGUUUGUUUGUUUUUUUUUUACUGUGCAAUGAUAUAUUAGAAUUGUUGUAAAUCAAAGGCCUUAAUCUUAUAUUAGGCACCAGAAAUAGUUAUAUCUAAAAUAAAUGUGGCUAGAACUUAAAAUAAACAAAUUAUGUCCCAGCAAGUUCGUUCAAAACAAUCAACGUGAAAGCACUGAUAAUGUUUUCUUUUCGUCAUAUAACGAUUAAUCGAUAAUCGUAUGUUACAUAUCUAAGUGACAGUUAACCGCGCUAAAUUUUGAUAUGUUCUCAUGAAUUUUAACUUCCCGUGGACUUUUGUUGUAAUAUAAAUUGUCAUAAUUUAAUUGUUUUUUCUUUUGUAUAAAAGUGAAUAUUAAUUUACCAAAAGUUGGAAAAUGUUUGCGAAAACUGUUUUGUGGUUGCAUUCGUGGAGCUAGUGAUAGUUAUUCGCUCCAAAUUAUAAGGCUUCUGUGUGUUUAGUUUCCUGUGUUAUUUUAACUUCCCGUGUUAUUUUAAAAAUAAAUUUUUAAAAAAUUAGUGCCUAUUUUGAUAUAGAAAGUGAAUAAGUUUAGAAAAUAUGUUAGAAAUGUGUUAAGUGACCGUAUUGUUGAAAAUGCUGAUGUGUGUUAAAAACCGUAGUGUUGUGAAUUAAGCUUAACGGAUUGCAUAGAAAGCCGUUGUAACUGAUUAUUGGAAUAUGAAGGAAAAUCAUACGAAUAGAUGACAUUGGAAGGAAACUACGAAACCCAACAUAGUCCAGACAAUUACAACGACAAAUUGUAGAAAAAAUAAGCAAAAACGAAAAAUCGUGGCUUUCUCACAUACACACACCCACGCAACAAACACACAACAGCUUAAUUACGGAAAUUGUUUUAAUAAAAAAAACAAACAAACAAAGAAUCAUAAAAAAGUGAAAACUAUUCCUGAGUCAUACGUUUUAUUGACUAACAUCAAUCGCAUGGCUAGUGCGGACGAGAUUGUGUGUAAUGGGCACGUAAUAACGUUGCCCACGCUCGAGGUAGUCAAAGCAGUUCCCAUCAUGGCGGCUGGCACAAACAUCGAUUGGUUGCUCCAUCUCUACUACGCGCGGCGUGAUUUUAUACGCUGUCGCCUAAUAAUCGAACGCGAGCUGCACAGGAGCCUCAAUCCGGAAUACAUGCAUUUUGUGAAGGGCUUAAUUGACCGUGAAGAGGGUAACAACAUCGAAGCAUUGCGAAAUUUACAAAAGGCGCUCGACUUAAAUUCCAAGAAUAUUGAGACCUACAAGGAGAUCGGCAAAACACUCUUCAUUAUGGGUCGUUUCAAUCAGGCGUUGGAUAUUUUUCGCGAAGCUGAAGAGCUCGCCCCACGUCAGGACCAUGAAAUUUGUCAUUUCAUCGGUGAAUUGUUGCAUCGCUCAGCGGCGGCUGCCAAUCAAUUGGCAAUAGCACGUCAGGAGGAGGCCGAGGCGAAAAUGUACUUUGAAAAGGCCGUGCAGGCCGGCAAAAAGCUGGAGAGUUUCCAACGGCUCGCCGAAAUACUGCGCAAAGAAAAGGACUAUGCCAGGGCCAUUGAGGUGCUCGAGAACUGUUUGCUCUUAUCACCCGAAAAUAUUGAAGUGCUCACCGAGAUCGGUGUGCUUUAUUUGAAAACCAACGACAGCCAAAAAGCUUUCGCUCGCCUAUCUGAAGUUAUCGCUUUGGACAGGAAGUGUCCGAAAGGAUUGUUGGCUUAUGGCGCCAUUUUGCAGUCUCGAAACGAUGUCGACGGCGCCUUGGAAAAAUAUCAAGAAAUCGCUUUGACAGAACCGGACAUACCAGAAUUGUGGAAUAACAUUGGAUUGUGUUUUUUCAAAAUGAAGAAACAAAAAGUGAUUGCGGCGAUUUCUUCACUGCGCAAGUCCAUCUGGCUUUCACCGCUUAAUUACAAUGCUCUUUAUAAUUUGAGUUUAGUUUACAUAACUGCACAACAAUACGCGAGUGCCUUUCACACACUCGCCGCGGCCAUCAACUUGCGCAAGGACAGCGCUGAAUGCUACAUGCUACUCGGAAUCUGUUUACGUAAGUUGGAGGAUACCGAGAAUGCGUUCAAGGCAUUUCAGCGGUCGAGUGAAAUACAACAACAACAACCAGCGGAUGCCGGACGUAAUCCACUUGUGCAUUUGAACUUUGCGCUCUUUUGUUACGAGACCGGACGCGUUGCGCUUGCCACGGAACAAUUUACACGCUUCGUUAGCUCCUCGCAGGAUCUCCUCCUACCGACCGAAUAUAAAUUCCAAGCGACCAAACUGAAAUCGCUUCUGAAAAUUCCAACAAGUAACAUUUUGACAUCAACACCAACGGGAGCUGCGAGUGAUGCCAUUGAUGCAACCGACGGCCAACAUAUUGACACCGGCAACAACAGCAGCGGUGGCGACGGUAUGAGCAACAAUAGCACAGAUGACAUCUAUGGAAUUUAUGGUGUGAAACGUCAAGCAGCCGGCAAUAAGCAGGAAUUGCGCAACACCAAGGCCAGAGCACUGGCAACUGCUGCUCACGCGGCUGCGCUCACUACGUCAUCCGCAGAAAUGCCACUUGAGGUGAACGCUGUGGUCAAUGCCUGACACGAGCAUGAGUGACGCGUUGGCCGCAGCGAACAUUUACCACAACAAUCCCCAAACAAAGUAUAUCCUAGCACUAGUAACCUCAUUCGUAAC